CAUCACUCCGGAAUCGCGGUAAAUGUUGAGUGACGCGCGUGGCUUCCCCUCGCUCGCUGCUCUGACCGUGCCUGUCAGUUCGUCUUCUUCCAUCUCCACCGUAAGCUUCCACGUCAAGCAUUCCAACAUGGCAACAAACAAAAUCUAGGGCUCUUUUGGGGAACCGCUCCGUUAUCUUCCUCAAACCUCCGUCGUAAUCGCCGAUUAAUCCUACGAAACACACUGAGUUUUCCGGGCCAGCUAAACCGUGCAUUGUCUCCUCAUCUCGUAGAUCUCCGCCCGCCGCUUUCCCGAUGGAUGACUCUCUCGGCAACAUCCCUAGUAGCCACUUGCUCGGCUCAGUUCCGGCUGUUAUCACUGAAGAAAAAACCAACAGUAAUCACAGCGUACCUGAAGCAAAUUUACAGAUAUUUCCUCCAAAUAAUGGUGGGAAUCCUGGUCAAGGAUAUCAAACUCUUGGAGGCCCAAGCGAAGGAGAUGGGAAACAAUCAACAAACAACUGGAAAGGAGUACUUAGCGUCUCAUCGUAUACCCAAUAUUUUAAUGUAGAUACAGACGUUGUCAUGAACAGAUUGAUGAGCUCUUUAAAUCCUACAACUGGAGAUUUCUUCAGCAAAAUUGAUGCUAACCCUGAUCUUUACGGGCUCAUCUGGAUUUCAACCACAUUGGUAUUUGUACUUUCCUCCUUUGGAAACUGUGCCACAUAUAUAAUGCGCAAAAGGAGUGAAACUGUGACUUCUUGGACCUUUGAUGUCAGCUAUGUAAAUGUGGCAACAUGCACAAUAUAUGGUUAUACAUUCAUUGUUCCGCUGGGUUUUUACUUCUUGCUGCAAUACCUCGGCUUAAAUGCUAGCAUCAUACGUUUUUGGUGCUUGUGGGGAUAUUCCUUAUUCAUCUUUAUUCCUACUUCUUUUCUCUUAAUGAUUCCAGUGGAAUUUCUAAAGUGGAUCAUCAUAUUACUCACUGGUGGUGCAUCGGGUGGCUUUGUUGCAUUAAAUCUUAAGAACCACCACAUACAGACAAACGAUCUUUCUCUUGUGCUGGUUGCUGCUUUUGUUCUACAAAUGGGUUUGGCAAUCUUCAUCAAGAUGUGGUUUUUCCGUUAAGCUUGGUUUGGUAGCCCAAGGUGUGCUGUGGUCUGUAAGAGAAAUUUGGGGUGAUGAAGUAAGUCCUCGUUCUUGAAUUACAAUUUUCAGCAGCUUGCAUAGUUAUGGAGCACUUGGAGUGUGAGGUCUAGAGAUAUGCAUUUGGUCUAUAUGACAGUUGACACUUGCAAUGUUUUAGGGUUUGACAUGCUUUUUGGUGUACGGCUUUUUAGGAUAUAUCCAUCGGGAAAGUAAUUGUAGUUAUAGCCUUGUUUGAGGAACUUCUUUUAUUGAAACAUCCUUGUAAGAUAAAAACUGCUUGUUGAAGACAGUAUUUUGCUACACUUGUGGUUGUUUUACGUGUUGUAACAGUUUUUGCCGUGAGCUUAAAGAAAGUAUUCUUUCAUUUAUA